ACUUGAUGGGAUUGACGGUGAAGCCCCGCAUCAUGACCGUAGUAAUGCUCCUCUGUUUUACGGCUGUUGACGCCCUGCACCUCGAGACUUUCACCGCUACGUACGGACCAUUCGAUUCCAGCUAUAGCAAGAUAUUCGGCUUCGAGGGCUCAGCCACCAUCGACAACAACGCACUCAUAUUGACCCCGAACUCGGACUAUCAAAAGGGCUUGACGCCACGGCCAACCGGAAAUCUGUACGGACGAGUGAGGUUAUAUAAACAAUUCAUGUUGUGGGGACAAUAUUACAACAAAACCUCGGACAGGGUUGCCUCGUUCAACUCCUCCUUUCUCUUCAGCGUCUACCCGUUGGGCGGUAAUACCAGUCCGGGUGAAGGGCUGGCCUUCAUACUUGUACCGUUCUGGAACCGGGCUCUGACAUACAGUUACGGCCAGUAUCUGGGCCUGACGGGUCUCGGCAUGGAUGGGUCCUCUUACAACAGCCUACUAGCCAUCGAGUUUGACAACGUCAAACAGGAAUUCGAUCCGGAUGCUAACCACGUGGGACUCAAUAUAAAUAGCAUUAGAUCUAAUGUUACUGCCUCUUUGACGCCGUUGGGAAUUGAACUUGCUCCAGAGGGCCAGGCCAGGUUUUACAAUGUUUGGGUCCAGUACGACGGGGUGCAUAAGGUCAUUGAGGUGUACAUUGCACGACAAGGCGAGCUUGAAGGGGAGACGCCCUCCAGGCCUGAUUCCCCAGUCUUGAAAUCGAUUCUUGAUUUGAGAGAGGUUUUGAAUCAGCACUCGUACUUCGGUUUCUCAGCAUCGACAGGACAUAAUGCGCAGCUCAACUGUAUCUUGAGAUGGAACUUGACGGUGGAGUAUUAUUCGGAAGAUGCUCCGGAGCCGGAGGACAAACAUCCUCCCCAGAAAAAAAAUAUUCUCCUUGAAGUCGGGGUCGGAGUUUCACUGCUUGUUAUAGGGGUUGCAGUGACGGGCUAUUAUCACCUACGCAAGAAGCAAUCAAUGGUACCGUUGAAGUCCGAUAUCUUACGAGGGGCAUUGAAGAGAUUGCCAGAAACUCCGAGGGAGUUCCAAUUCAAGGAUUUGAAGAAGGCGACCAACAACUUUGACGAGAAGAACAAGUUGGGCCAAGGUGGUUUCGGUGUAGUGUAUCGAGGGCACCUGCCAAAAGAAAAUCUCGAGGUGGCAGUCAAGUGGUUUUCUAGGGAAACCAUAAAGGGUGAGGAUGACUUCUUGGCAGAGCUCACCAUCAUCAAUCGUCUCCGUCACAAAAAUCUUGUCCGACUGCUUGGAUGGUGUCAUGAGGAAGGGAAGCUGCUACUUGUAUAUGACUACAUGCCAAAUGGUAGUCUUGACGCACACCUGUUCACUAGAACACCAGGCAACAGGUCACCAAGCUGGGAUUGCCGUUACAACAUCAUCUCUGGGGUGGCCUCGGCCCUAAAUUACCUCCAUAAUGAGUGCGACCAGAGGGUGGUCCACCGGGACCUAAAGUCCAGUAACAUCUUGCUGGAUUCUUACUUUAACGCUCGACUCGGGGAUUUCGGCCUCACUCGCACCUUGGACAAGACCUCAUACACAGAGGCCGGGGGUGUGGCUGGCACACUCGGCUACAUUGCACCUGAAUGCUUCCUAGCAGGCAAGGCCACCCAACAGUCUGAUGUCUACUCGUUUGGAGUAGUCUUGUUGGAAAUAGUUUGUGGCUUGCGACCUGGAACAGUGAUCGAUGAGUUUGACUGCUUGAUCAAUUGGGUCAGGUUCUUGCACCGAGAAGGAAGGAUAUUAGAUGCCGUAGAAGAGCGGCUCGGAGAUGAGUAUGUUGUUGAGGAAGCUAAGAAAGUGCUGGUUUUGGCUUUGGCAUGUUCUCAUCCGAUAGCAAGCGAAAGGCCCAAAACUCAAGCGAUUGUUCAGAUCAUAUCCGGUUUAGUUCCAGUGCCUUAUGUGCCGCCAUUCAAACCGGCCUUGGUAUGGCCAAUGUCUUCUGUGGAGGAAGAUUAUAUCAGCAGCUUGGUUAGCACGUCAGAGACAAGGUCCUUUCAAACGGCCCAACUGGGAUCGGGCUUCACUGCGCAAUUCAUCAGUCAAGAGCUCUUUGCCAAUGAAAAAUUCGAAAGUGUGUAAUUUCGUUAAGUAAACUAAAACCAAGUCCCUCGCUCCUUGGCUAUAUCCUUUGCAGAUGUGUCUUGAAUCAAAUUCGAUCACAAGGAUCGAAACCAAAUCGGUUUGGGACUCUUUCUUCUCCCAAUUAGGCCACAUUUAGUUCAAAACAGGGCUUCCUCCUCUUUCCUCACCUAUAGAUAUACGUCAAGUACAUACGUCCAUAGAUAAUCUUAUAGAUAAAACGACGGCGGUGACGUUUUGGAGGCGAUGGCGAUUUUCGGCCUAAACACUUCUUGUUCUCCCGUGAUUCCUACUUUUGUUGUAAGCGCUUUAAUCCGACUGUUUCUUUUUCUGUUUUUUCUUUGUUGCCUGCAACAUUCUCUUUUUGGUUGCAGCUGUAUGUUAAUUUAUGAGCGAGUUAUCUUUGGAUUGUAGGAAUUUCUUUCAAUUUUUCUUUCUUACCUGUUUUUUGUUGUUUUGUUAAGAAACUGAAUUACCAAAUUCUGACUUUUAUUCUCUGUA